CUAACGGGAGUCUAGAUGCUAUCAGGACAAUACACUAUAUAGGAUUCUUAGGUAAUUAACAUAAUCCACAGUUUGAGUCUUUGAGAGAUGGCUACUAGCAAUCCUGCGACCAAGCUUGAGGGAAGAUACUACGCUCUCGCUGUUUGUUGGCUUCUUGGAAAUGGAUGCCUUUUAGCAUGGAGCAGUAUGCUCACAAUAGUGGAUUAUUACGCUUAUUUGUUCCCUAGAUACCAUCCAUCGAGAAUCCUUACCCUAAUAUAUCAGUCAUUUGCCAUCGGAGCACUCACUGUUCUUACUUACAAAGAGGCAAAACUCAAUACCAGACUCCGAAAUUUGUUUGGAUAUAGUCUAUUUUUUUCCUUAGUUCUCUUGCUGUUCUAGUGGUGAUUAGAUUUAGCUACUUCGGGAAGAGGAGGGAUUGGAUCUUUCCUUGGAGUCUGUGUAAUUAGUGCCACAUUUGGUCUCGCAGAUGCUAAUGUUCAAGGUGGAAUGACUGGAGACCUUUCUUUGAUGAGACCAGAGUUUGUUCAGUCGUUUCUAGGUGGCCUAGCUGCCUCAGGAGCAUUAACAUCUGGGCUGAGGCUGAUCACAAAAGCGGCAUUCAAAAACUCGAGGGAUGGUCUACGUAAGGGAGCUACUUUAUUCUUUGCGAUAUCUGCAUUAUUUGAGUUGCUUUGCGUCCUUUUGUAUGCAUACGUGUUUCCAAAGCUACCAAUUGUGAAGUACUACCGAGCACGAGCUGCCGCUCAAGGAUCUAAAACUGUAUCGGCCGAUCUUGCUGCUGGAGGCAUCCAAGGCUUACCAGUGACACAUGCCGAGGAAGUCCCAACUUCAAAUCAGCGGUUAAGCAACAAACAGUUGUUGUAUAAGAACUUAGAUUACGCAGUUAACUUGUUCUUGGUGUAUCUACUGACGCUUAGCAUUUUCCCUGGAUUUCUAUCGGAGGACACAGGAAAACACAGUUUAAGAGAUUGGUAUGCAUUAGUCCUGAUAGCAAUGUUCAACGUGUGGGAUUUGGUGGGGAGAUACAUUCCAGUGGUCGAGAGUUUGAAGAUGGAAUCGCGGAAAGGUCUCACUAUAGCAGCAUUGGGACGUUUCUUGUUUAUUCCUGCUUUCUAUUUCGCAGCCAAAUAUGGCAAUCAGGGAUGGAUGAUUUUCUUGACAUCGUUUUUGGGAUUAAGCAAUGGAUAUAUGACUGUUUGUAUCCUAACAUCGGCACCAAAGGGUUACAUGGCACCGGAACAAAAUGCACUAGGAAACUUGUUGGUGCUAUUUUUGUCUGGAGGGAUGUUUGCAGGAGUUACUUCUGACUGGCUUUGGCUUAUUGGUAAAGGUUGGUAAGUGGCCAUAGUUUGAGGCAAUCUUUCCCAUCAAGACGGGAAUCGGUUUCUCCUAUGUAUAUACUCAAAGCCUUAGAUUCAAUAGGAAAGCAUUGAGUUUGAGAAUUGUUUUUCCUGAAAAACUAAUGCAAUACAUCAGAAUUGAUAUCAUAUGUUUUAUUUUAACAUAUACUUAUUUGUUUGCA